CGACUUGUGAAAUGAAUUUGUUUUGUGUCUGGACUUGACAGGAAGUUCCCUUGCUUGAACUUGGCUUGGAGGUUUGACUGAGUAAGUUGUUCCUUGACUUUUGAAUUAUUCAUCUUGGCUGCAUGAUACGCAAAUCACACUGCUCUCACUAUGGCUAGAGGCGCAGCACUGGGUCAGAAGCUGCAUCAAGUUGCUGGCAAAGAAUUUCUGUCCAGGGAUUAGGACUUUCCAACAGAACGGUUACGAUUCAAUCUAAUUUAACUCAGCAGAACUUGUCAGACAACUACAGUGUGCUGGGGAACAUGGCAUGGAAUGCAUCUUGUGAAAACUGGCUUGCAGCAGAGGCUGCCCUAGGAAAGUACUACCUUUCCAUUUUUUAUGGGAUUGAGUUCGUUGUGGGAGUCCUUGGGAAUAGCCUUGUGGUUUUCGGCUACCUCUUCUGUCUGAAGAACUGGAAUAGCAGUAACAUCUAUCUCUUUAACCUCUCUAUCUCUGACUUCGCUUUUCUCUGCACACUGCCCCUGCUGAUCAAAAGCUAUGCCAUUGAAAACUGGACCUAUGGAGAUGUGCUCUGCACCAGCAACCGGUACAUGCUUCAUGCCAACCUCUACACCAGCAUCCUCUUCCUCACUUUCGUCAGCAUCGAUCGCUACCUGCUCAUGAAUUACCCUUUCCGAGAACACCUUCUGCAAAAGAAAGAGUUUGCUGUUUUAAUCUCUUUGGCCAUUUGGGUUGUGGUGACCUUAGAGCUCGUGCCCAUGGUUCUCUUUAUAAAUCCCGAUACAGGUGGCAAUAAAACCAGAUGUAGGGAUUAUGCAAGUUCUGGGGAGGCCAAGCCCAGCCUCAUUUACAGCAUGUGCCUUACCUGCUUGGGCUUCCUCAUUCCUCUUUUUGUGAUGUGCUUCUUUUAUUUCAAGAUCGCUGUCUUCCUAAAGCAGAGAGCCAGGCCAGAGGCUGCCACGCUGCCCUUUGAAAAGCCCCUCAACCUAGUCAUACUGGCCGUGGUGAUUUUCUCUGUGCUUUUCACUCCCUACCACGUCAUGCGGAACCUGAGGAUCAUUUCACGGAUGUGGGACGAGAAUGAGGCCAAAUGCCCCAGGGCCAUCAUCCACUCCUUAUACAUUGUGACCAGGCCCUUGGCCUUCCUGAACAGUGUCAUCAACCCCAUCUUCUAUUUCCUUGUGGGGGAUCACUUCAGGGAGAUGCUGACGAAUAAGCUGAGGGACCACUUUCAAUCCCUCAUGUGCUUCAGGAGAUGUGCUAAUGGACUCGUGUUUUCAUUCAGAAAAGAGUGAGGUGCCUGUGGAACAGAACGUCUUAUCCACGCAGUUGUAGGCCAGUUAGAGUUUGACGGACUCGGACAUAAACCAGAGCGGGUCACAGAUCCGCCCCUGAUUUAAAGACCUGGUGUACUCAGAGCACAUAAAAAAGAAGAGGAUGAGAAGAAUUUAUUUGUUUGUCCACUUACAAAUUGAAGGAAGUCGGACAAGCAGGAACAUCUGGGCAUACAAAUUCAAAAUCCUAGAUGUUAUAAUACCUCAAUCAGUGUAAGAAAAUAGAAGCUAGAUAGAGUAGCAAGUUUGCAUUUAAUCAUCGGUUGGACUGUAAAAUAAAAUUGUUUUGGCAAAAUU